AUGAGUGGCUACGACAGUCAUUUUAUAAUUUCAGAGUUAAGCAAAAAAGGAGAUAUUAGUCUACUUCCAGUCAAUAAAGAAAAAUACAUUUCAUUUACACUUAACGAUGCUGUUACUAAUAUAAAAUUUCGAUUUAUUGAUUCAUUAAGAUUUUUAGGAGCCUCUUUAGAUGAAUUGGUCUCAACAUUAAAUAAAAAUGACUUUAAAAUUUGCAAGCGAGAAUUUAGCAGGUUAAGUGACGAUGAAUUUAAAUUAAUAACUAAAAAAGGGGUAUUUUGCUAUGAUUUUAUUGAUUCUUGGGAAAAAUUAAACAUUACCGAUUUACCUCCAAUAGAGGCAUUUUAUAAUAAGCUAAACGAUACGAAUCUUACAGAUGAGAAGUAUGCUCAUGCUAAAAUAGUUUGGGAUACCUUUAACAUUGAAAAUUUAGGUCAAUAUUCAGAUUUGUACUUAAAAACCGAUAUUGUGCUUUUAGCAGAUGUUUUUGAAACUUUCCGCAAAAAAUGUUUUAUAACUUAUGGGUUAGAUCCAGCCUGGUACUACACAAUGCCCGGUUAUUCUUGGGAUUGUAUGUUGAAAUACGUGGGGUGUAACCUCGAGUUAUUGCGUGACGUUGACAUGAUACUAUUUAUGGAGAAAGCAAUUCGUGGAGGAAUUUCAGUAUGUAGCGGUAGAAUGUCGGAGGCCAAUAAUAAGUACAUGUCUAAUUAUGACCCCGCACAGCCCUCAAAAUACUUAAUGUAUUUUGAUGUCAAUAAUUUAUAUGGGUGGGCUAUGGGAGAACCCUUACCCUACGGAGGGUUCGAAUGGAUGGAUGCCAAAGACAUUGAUGUUAUGUCUGUACCUGAUGACUCUCCCGUAGGGUACAUGUUACAAGUUGACUUGGACUAUCCUCGCCAAUUACAUGAUCUGCACUCAGAUUUUCCAUUCGCUGCCGAACACCGCAAAGCUUUGGGUUCAAAUCAUACUAAACUAAUGACAACACUUUAUAAUAAAAAAGAAUAUAUCCAGUCUGCGUGGCUGCGACCCUACAUAGAAUUAAAUACUCGACUUAGAGCUGCAGCUACGAACGAUUUUGGAAGAAAUUUAUACAAAUUGGCCAAUAAUAGUGUAUUUGGAAAGACUAUGGAGAAUAUAAGGAAACAUAGAAUAGUAAAACUAGUCAGAUCAUGGAAUGGGCGAUAUGGUGCUAAAAAUUUAAUUUCUAGUGCCAGGUUUCAUAGCAGAAAGAUAUUUAAUGAAAAUUUAGUAGCUAUAGAACUGAUUAAAUCAGAUCUAGUUUUUAAUAAACCCUUAUACAUUGGCAUGACUGUUUUAGAUAUAUCAAAAUUAUGUAUGUACCAAUUUCAUUACGACUAUAUGCUUCCAAAAUUGGGCGCAGAUAAAUGUAAUUUAAUGUAUAUGGAUACCGAUAGCUUUAUUUAUGAACUGUACUGUCAUGAUGCAUAUGAGGAAGUAAUAAAACAAGAUCUAUCAAAAUUUGAUACAUCCGAUUACGCUGUAGAUAAUAUCUAUAAUAUUCCUCGCGUAAAUAAAAAAGUUUUAGGAGUAAUGAAAGAUGAAAAUAAAGGAGAAAUUAUGACAAAAUUUGUGGGAUUACGAUCAAAAAUGUAUACUUUUAAAGUUCAAUCUGGUCGAAUCACUAAAAAAGCAAAAGGGACUAAAUAUAAUAUAGUAAAAAAUGUUAUAAAAUUCGAUGAUUAUGUAAACUGUUUAAAUGAUUUUAAGGAACAAACUGCUACUCAACACUCCAUUCGGUCAUAUAGCCAUAACGUCUAUAGUAUAGAACAAACAAAAAUUGCGCUAAGUCCUUAUGACGAUAAAAGAUAUUUAAUUCCAAAUAGUUUUAGAACCCUACCAUUGGGACAUUACAGUAUUUUAGAAUAG